GGUCGAUUUUUCCAAACCUUGAAAACCGUACCUUAACACUCUAAGUUGUCUUCUGCGUAGUUCAGCUUAUUUGACACAUUCUCUUGUGGGUUAUCGUGGGUUUUGCAAGAAAAUGGCGAUUCGGACAUCUGAUCUUGUGGGCCAAGUCCAUCCGGGUCAGAAGUUUGAUGCUGAUGCCCUGUUGCGAUAUGCCUCUGCUCACGUUGAGGGAUUCCCUAUUUCUCCCUCUGAUUUUAUUGUAUCUCAGUUUGGCCAUGGUCAGUCAAAUCCUACAUUCCUCAUUGAAGUUCAUUCAGAGUCCUCUGUUAAGCUGUAUGUUCUCAGAAAGAAGCCUCCUGGAAAAUUACUUGAAUCUGCUCAUGCUGUUGAGAGAGAAUUUCAGGUUCUACAUGCUUUGGGUACUUAUACGCUGGUUCCUGUCCCUAAAGUUUUCUGUUUGUGUACUGAUUCAAGUGUGAUUGGAACACCUUUCUACAUUAUGGAGUAUUUGGAGGGACGCAUCUUCAUAGACCCCAAAUUACCCGGCAUGUCACCAAAGCAAAGGAGGGAUAUUUACCAUGCAACUGCUAAAGCAUUGGCUUUUCUUCAUUCUGUUGAUGUUGAUGCCAUUGGUCUAGGAAACUAUGGAAAAAGGAACCACUACUGUAAGCGGCAGGUAGAGAGGUGGGCCAAACAAUAUCUUAUUUCUACUGGUGAGGGAAAGUCAGAGAGAAAUCCAGAAAUGUUACAGCUAGCUGACUGGUUGCGGCAACACAUUCCUCCUGAAGAUUCUUCUGGAACAACUGGACUAGUCCAUGGUGACUUCCGGAUUGAUAAUCUUGUAUUCCAUCCCAUUGAGAAUAGAGUGAUUGGCAUUCUUGACUGGGAAUUAUCUACUUUGGGCAACCAAAUGUGUGACGUUGCUUAUAGCUGCUUGCAUUACAUUGCAAAUGUUGCAUCUGGGGAUGCUGUAGAAGAGAAUGAAGGUUUUGAACUUACUAAUUUUCCUGAAGGAGUCCCUUCACUGCCAGAAUAUCUGUCCUAUUAUUGCUCUGCAGCUGAAAGAGCAUGGCCUGUUGCUGAGUGGAAAUUUUAUGUUGCGUUCUCAUUGUUUCGUGGGGCAUCAAUCUUUGCAGGAGUACAUUGUAGAUCGAUAAUGGGCAAUGCCUCAGGGGGUGAACGUGCUCGACUUAUGGGACAAAUGGCCAAUUCUCUGAUAAGAACUGCAUGGUCAUUCAUUGGACGUGAAUCUGUCCUGCCUCGGCAACUGCCUUCUGAUGUACAAGGAAACAAACAACAAAAAGUGGAGGAAGAAAGCAAAGGUCAAUUUUUAUCAAUGGGUGGAAAGUUUGUCCCAAAUCAGAAAGUUCAAGAUUUGAGAGAUCGAUUGAUAAAGUUCAUGAACAACCACAUUUACCCAAUGGAAAGUGAAUUCUACAAACUUGCUCAGUCUUCCAAACGUUGGACAAUUCACCCAGAGGAAGAGAAGUUAAAAGAGCUUGCCAAAUCAGAAGGACUUUGGAACUUGUUCAUACCUCUUCACAGUGCUGCUCGAGCAAGAAGAAUAUUAAAUGGUGGAAAACAUGGUGCUUUGAUAGCCAAGACAUCUGACCUGUUGUUGGGUGCAGGACUUACUAACUUUGAGUAUGGAUAUAUUUGUGAGAUUAUGGGUCGUUCUAUUUGGGCACCACAGAUUUUUAAUUGUGGGGCACCUGAUACUGGAAAUAUGGAGGUAUUGCUGCAGUACGGGAAUGAAGAACAAUUACAGGAAUGGCUUCUUCCCUUGCUCAAGGGCAGCAUUAGAUCUGGAUUUGCUAUGACAGAACCACAGGUUGCAUCAUCUGAUGCAACCAACAUAGAGUGUUCUAUUAAAAGACUUGGGGAAUCAUAUAUCAUCAAUGGAAAGAAGUGGUGGACCAGUGGAGCUAUGGAUCCUAGAUGCAAACUCCUUAUUGUUAUGGGCAAAACUGAUUUUACUGCUCCAAACCAUAAGCAGCAGUCAAUGAUCUUAGUGGACAUUAAUACUCCUGGGAUAAACAUACGAAGACCACUCACAGUAUUUGGCUUUGAUGAUGCUCCACAUGGUCAUGCAGAAAUAUCAUUUGAGAAUGUACAUGUCCCUGCCAAGAACAUUUUAUUGGGAGAGGGGCGAGGUUUUGAGAUUGCCCAGGGUAGGCUUGGUCCUGGAAGGUUGCAUCAUUGCAUGAGGUUGAUUGGUGCUGCAGAACGUGGUAUGCAGAUGACAGUAGAUAGGGCUCUCAAAAGAAAAGCUUUUGGAAAGCUGAUUGCAGAACAUGGUUCAUUCCUUUCAGAUAUUGCCAAGUGUCGAAUAGAAUUGGAGAAAACUAGAUUGUUGGUUCUGGAAGCAGCAGACCAGCUUGAUCGUCUUGGGAACAAAAAGGCUCGUGGAACCAUUGCGAUGGCCAAGGUAGCAGCUCCAAACAUGGCAUUGGAGGUACUCGACAUGGCAAUGCAAGUACAUGGAGCAGCUGGCUUAUCUGGCGACACGAUACUUGCCCAUCUAUGGGCUACUUCUAGGACAUUGAGAAUUGCUGAUGGCCCUGAUGAAGUCCACCUCGGCACUAUUGCAAAACUAGAACUGCGAAGGGCUAAACUAUGAUGGUUUUAGCGGGAGAAAUAAUCCAAACUUUGGGUAAAUAGAAAGGGAAAGAAAUAAAGAAAACGUUGAAGCUAAUAUAUUUAUAAACAGAAAUAAGAUAUAAGUGUACUUUUGAUUUAUUGUACUCAUUGACAGAGAUGUUGUACUGUUCUGUUUUUCAUUAAUAAGUAUUUGGAAAUGAAUGAUAAACUGUUUUCUUCUUC